AUGGGCGGCUCGGCCUCGCGGAGAGCGUCAUCGGUGGCCGUCAAGGGUGGCGACACGCCGCGAACUAUGCUCGUCAAGACAGCCAUGGCUCUGGCUAUGCCGUCGCCGGCAAGUGGCGGCGGAAGCGCAAGUGCUACGGGCGCUAGUGAGAACCUCCCGCCGCGGCAGAACGGCGCGCCGUCGUCCGGCCCGUACACCUCCAUCCGCUCGCUCCCGGCCAUGAACAGGGCUCACAACGGGGGCAUCACCCCGCGCUCACUGCUGGUCCGCACCGCUGAAGCGCUGCUGGCGAGCGGCGGGUCCGACGGUGCGCCGGCGCCGGUGGCGUCGUCGGCCCCGUUUGUGGCCCCGAUGCUCGCCGGCAAAGUCGGCGCCAUCCGCCCGCGCCCAGCCGUCAACGCCACCCCAAAGUCGCUGCUCCAAAUGGUGGCCAUGACGGCGACGCCUGGCGAGGAUCUGACACCCUCACGCAAGCGGAGCCUGACCGCCCCGUCCGACGCCGGCGCCGCCAAAAAGCCGCGAACCCUGGCCGCAGGCGCAGACCUCGUUGCCGCCGAGUUCGACGAUGACGCUGGCUGGGAGGACCACACCGCGUACCAGGCCGCUGGCGACGUGCUCGGCGACUCGCCUGAGCCGCCGCUCCGUCCGGCGUCAGCAGUUCCGGCGCGGGUCCGUCCACGCGCUGGCGACCGCCCCGAGGGCAUGCCCUUCACCCCGCCGCGCCCGCUCACCCCAGUCGACGUGACUAAGGGCAAAACGCCGGCGUUUGCCAAGCACCGCCCAUCGGCGCCCCAAGUUCCGGUCCGUGCCACAGGCCUCCGCGUUGCACGACGCAACAAGGCCGACGCCGCCUCUCGCUCCGCUGUCGAGGAGCUCAUGGCAGACCUCGGCAUCGGCCUCCCACCCAAGACCCCUGCGCCGCGCGCAGCCUCGGGCAAGCCACUUCCCUCUCUGCCGCGGACCACCAUCAAGGUCCUCUUUGAGCGCUACCUCGGCUCGACCAUCGACCAGGCCGCCGCCAAGACCCUGCUCGCCGGCUCGUACGAGUACCUCGAGCAGCUUGCCGAAGGCCUCAACGCGUAUGGCUCGCACUCGGGCAACGGCGCGUCUGUCAAGCUCCGCGAGGAGCGCGUCAAGAACAUGCUCAUCGCUCAGGGCCUUGCGCCGUCGCACGAUGCCAUCAACGACCUCAUCCGCGAGUAUCUCCCGCUCGAGAUGGCCGAGCAGCUCAUCCCCGUCGCCCGCGCCACCCCGGGCUCACUAGACGAUGUCUAACCGCCAGCCUCUGCU